AAAUACAAUGUGGGAACACCCACUUUUCCAAGUUACUACGACCCGGAUGUAUUCGUAGUAGCGUUUUGCUCCAGAACGAGGCCCUGUGCGAUCAAGUAGGACAGUAGGAGUUGCUGUGCGAUCGAGUGAUUUACAAGGCAGGACGGGCUGUAAUUUGCUUGAAUGUGUUUUGUUACUAUUCGCAUACAUUGUAACAUUACUGUUUAUUUGCGGCGAGAUUGUAACAAAUGGCGUUCUAAAGGGGGUAGGCGAACGUGGGAUGGCUUUGUCGGUGACUUCAUUAUAGAAUGGGACAUAUCUGAAGUUUUGUGUUUGUUUUUUCGCGCUCUGAGAGAGGACUGUGUGGAGUUUGAUUUGGGCUGCUAGUUCAGACGAAUUUCACUAACUAAUGUUAGUUUGCUUGCAUAAUCGUAUUGAGACAUAUCUCGUCGCCGAAAUAUUGGAUUCCGGGAACUUUUCCAUUUCUGCUGCAUCCACUCCCCUACGACGGAUAAUAUCGACCCCCGCCACCCCACCCCUACGCUCACGUGAAUCAGGAAGGAGCAAGUGACAGUGACGUGACCCCAUAAGGACGCCAGCUAGAGCUCUGCACUGCGUUUCCAGGGUUGCCAUCGUGCAGGAUCUGAUCCAUACUCUAAUGAAUAGGCUGGUCGUGCUGCUGGUGGCCAUGGCUCGGUGAGGGAUGAGUGAGGCGGGCUUUGGGGAGGGACCCAGGAACGUUGAUGGCUGGAUGUAGAGAUCAGAUGGUCUUCUAAAGAAGCCAUGGGUAGCUGCUGUAGCUGUCCUGACAAAGACUCCAUCCCAGACAACCAUCAAAGCAAAUUCAAGGUGAUCAAUGUUGACGAUGACGGUAACGAGCUGGGCUCCGGCGUGAUGGAGCUGACCGAGGAGGAGUUGAUCCUCCACACGCGGAAGCGUCACGCGGUGCGCUGGCCCUACCUCUGCCUGAGGCGCUACGGCUACGACUCCAACCUCUUCUCGUUCGAGAGCGGACGCCGCUGUCAGACCGGACAAGGUAUCUUUGCCUUUAAGUGCGCGCGGGCAGAGGAGAUCUUCAACAUGCUGCAGGACAUCAUGCACAGCAACAGUAUCAGUGUGGUGGAGGAGCCGGUACAGGAGAUCAGUCCAGCAGCAGCAGCAGCAGCAGCAGCAGCGCAGACAGCAGAGCCCACCACCACCACCACCCAGACACCCACGGAGGUCCCACGCACACCGCACACUCCUACUACUCCAGGGUACUCCGUGCCCACCAUGGCCAAUGGCAUCGGGCGCUACCCCUCGUUUGGAGACCCCUCCUCGCGCCCUUCCAGUCGACACCCCUCUGUGGGCAGCGCCAGGCUACCCUCUGUGGGAGAGGAGUCCACGCACCCCCUCCUGGUCUCAGAUGAAACGGUACACACGUACGUGAACACGACCGGUGUACAGGAGGACAGGCGGAGUCGAGGCAGCGUGCAUGCCCCCUUGGACUUGCGGCUGUCCAAUCCCGACAGCCUGGUGGGUGGGCACUCGUCCUCCCUGGCCAAUGACACGGCAUUGGCAGCAGAGGGCCACGUCCUAUUGGAGCCAGAGGGGGUGGCCAAGUUUGUGCUGGGCCCCACCCCCGUGCAGAGGCAACGGGAGGCGGCGCAGAGGGUAUCGCCGCCGCCUAGUGGCGGUGGAGGAAGGCCGACGACAGGAGACACAGAGCCCACCACGGGACCUCUGGCGUCUUCCUCCUCCUCCUCCUCCUCCUCCUCCACCACCACCUCCUCUUCCACCUCAUCUACAUCGUCUUCGUCAUCCUCGUCCUCCUCAUCGCAGGCUACGGUGGUGAACGGCUCUACGCUAACCCCUACUGGGCCGCAGUUUGACUGCGACACGGGCUACGACAGCGACGAACGCAAGGAGGCGGCGAACUCCUCAACGUCAAACGCCAGCGCCACCAACACGUCGUCGGCAGCACCGGGGGCCAAGACCUCCACGUAUGAGCACCAGAACGGCUCUGCCGCCACCCCUAACCCCAACCCUACCGCUAACGGUACGGCUAAGCCCACUCCGGGACCCGUUCUCCCAACCAAACCGUCGCUGCCCGCUUCAACAACAGGCUCGACCAGUACCACCACCACCACCACCACCAUCACCGGCGUUAGUAGUGGGGGCAUCAAGAUCAGCACGGGAGCUCGCCGCAUCCGGCCCCCUCUCCCCUUACCCGACCCGCACAACGCCAACAACUCGGCGCAGCGUCGCACCGCCCUGCUCAACUACGAGAACCUCCCCGCGCUGCCCCCCGUCUGGGAGACCCGCAAGUCCUUCUGCGAGGCCGAGGGAGGCAGCGGAGGGAAAGCCGGAGGAAAGGAUGAAGUGGGAGCGGAGAACACCUACACGCCAAAAACUCCCUCUCUCAACAACGGCUACCACCACCACCAUAGUAGCGCUCACCAUCAUCACAGUCACCAUGGCUACCCGCAUCAUCAGCAGCAUCAGCACCAGCAUACUCCGCACCCCAUGCUGCACCACGGCCUGGACCCGCUGCACAACUACGUCAACACGGAGAACGUGACGGUGCCACUCAGCGCGCACAAGCCCGACUCUGCGCGACCCCCCCGGCGGGACUGCAGCGCCUCGCAACAGCCCACCGUCUUCAACUUUGACUUUCGCAGGGGGGGCGGCGGGAUAGGGGGAUCGGCGUUGUCGUCAACGACGACAGGGGCCACGGCGGUCGGGGGUUACCACCCGCACCACCACCACCACCACCACCACCACCAACCCGAGCCCCCGAGGCAGCUGAACUACAUCGAGGUGGAGAUGGAGAACAACAACAAGGGCUCGGACUCGAGCGGGCCGCACACGCCCAAGACGCCCACCACACCCCUGCUUCAGCAGGCACUGAUGCCUCAGACGCCCACGCGCCGCACCGAGCUCUACGCCGUCAUCGACAUCGAGCGCACCGCCGCCAUGUCCAGCCUGCAGAAGGCACUGCCGCGCGACGACGGCACGGCGCGCAAGACGCGCCACAACAGUACUGAUCUACCCAUGUGAGCCCGGGCUGUGACCCCUUUCACCUUUUGACCCUUGACCCCUAUGAACUGAUCUCCCCACAUGACCAGAGGUGUCAAAGGACCCGGGAUGCCAUGUCAUUUUUCCAAACUUGUGUCCUCUGCUCUGGCCUCUGCCUCUGCCCUUGGUUCAUUUAACAUUCAAACAACAAACGUGGUAUCCAGGGCUCUAAAUUAACUUUUCUACCACCAUCCAAAAUGGCUGGUAGACUGUAAUAUUACUAGCCAAACACACACUCCCUAAUGGGUCAAAGUGGCUAGUAAGUUGGUCUUUUCUACCAGCCAAACUGAAAUUUUGCCAGCAUUCGGCCGGUUGUCUGUGUUUAUUUAGAAGCCUGUUGGUAUCUGAAUAGGCUCUAAGUGAAGUCUUGAUGAAAUGCACUUGUCUUGAUGAAAUGUGUCUGUUUCAAGGUUGGUUCAACAGCACCUCAAGAUCACAG